AUGCGGCCAAUCCUUCUCUCGGGUCACGAGCGUUCGCUCACCCAGAUCAAGUUCAACCGCGAGGGUGAUCUGCUCUUCUCGGUCGCAAAGGACCCCAUCAUCAACGCCUGGUUCUCUCACAAUGGCGAGCGCCUCGGAACCUACGAGGGCCACAACGGUACCGUAUGGACCGUCGACGUAGACUCCACAUCCACCCUCCUCGUCUCGGGCUCCGCCGACAACCAGAUGCGUCUCUGGGAGGUCGCAACGGGCAAGUGCCUCUACGUCUGGGAAUUCGCCACCGCAGCCAAGCGCGUCGCCUUCUCCGAGGACUGCACCCAGGUGCUCGUCGUCACCGAGGCGCGCAUGGGUCAUCGCGGCGCCUUGCGCGUCUUCCGCAUCAACCGCGAUCCGGCCACCUGGACGCAGCAGUCGGCCGAGCCCACGCGCACCAUCACCUUCUCGGGCCCCAAGGCCGUCGUCGCCGCGUUUGCGCCGUGCGACCAGUACAUCAUCACCGGCCACGAGAACGGCAAGGUGGCGCUCUACUACCACGACGACAAGGAGCCCGAGAGCGGCAUCGACGCCGAGCUCGAGGAAAACUCCACCGACGCCCACGCAGGCGAGAUGAUCUCGGACCUCCAGAUGAGCGCAGACCGCACAUACUUCGCCACCUCCUCCAGGGACAAGACCGCCAAGCUCAUCGACUCCAAGACGCUCCAGGUCAUCAAGACCUACGCCACCGAGACGCCCUUGAACUCGGCUUCCAUCCACCCCACCAAGCCGUUCGUCAUCGUCGGCGGUGGUCAGGACGCCAUGAACGUCACCACCACCUCGGCGCGCCAGGGCCGCUUCGAGACGCGCUUCUGGCACAAGGUGUUCGAGGAGGAGUGCGCGCGUCUGCCCGGUCACUUUGGCCCCAUCAACACCAUCGCCAUCCACCCCGCCGGCACCGCGUACGCCUCGGGCGGUGAGGACGGCUACGUGCGUGUCAACUGGUUCGACCCCGGCUUCUUCAACUCGAAGCUCUACGGCGCCGACCUGGAGCUGGCGCUCGAGGACCAAUAG